AUUGGUUUUGGUGAGAGUAGGGAAGGACACACACAUAUUGAAUACAAGCAGUAGAUGAACACAUGCAGUAGGACGUGAACCCUUUUUUUUUCCAGUAGAGAAUAUAUAUCAUCAUCCUUCUUAGACUAUUUCUGAUGCUGUAAUAUUUGCAAUUGACCUGCAGUGUGAGUAAACGUUUUAGAUGCCUUUCUAAAGAUCAAUGACUCAAUCAUGAUAGGCCUACUGUCAUAAGGAUAUCAUGGUUAGUUACUCUAGAAAUAAUAUUUCUGAUAUUUUUUGUCUAUGUUGUUAUAACUGCAAAUGCUAUGUCUAAUACUUUGCUUGUUGCACUGAGAUAUAGGGCAUGAGUGAAUGACCAAUCGGAUUAGGAAAGAAUUCAUGAAUAUGUGCCAAACUAGUCUUGCUUUUGUGUUCUAUUGAUUUUUCAUUCCCACUGCCCCUUUGCCCGCUGUGUCCCUCCAUCCCUUCCUACCUCUUCUCUCCCCCUCUAUCUUUCUUCAUCUUCCCUAGAUGAGGAUUUCAGUCCUAUCGUGUGUCUCCCUCCUGCUCGUCUUUGAGGUAAACACAAAGCACCAGUUUCCUGGAGAAAGAUAAAAAAACACUCCUGGACUGAAAAGCAUGCUAAAUGGAGAAUCUCCGUUGAAAAUGCUUUUUAAUCCUGGGUCCGUUGCCUGUAUUGACAUAGAACAGGAUUGAUGUUCGGCUUUAGCUUUUAGAUCAUAAUGAAUAUGAUACUAUGGACAGGGCAGGGCAGACCUGACGCUAGUUCAGCACUCCUACUCUAAGACCUUUUUUGAAUACGGGCCCAGGAGUGUAGGCGUAAAUCUGGUUCUGGGAAACAGGCCCAUUUUGUAUUGUAAUAUUAAACCUUUUAGGACAAAUGCUAAUGUGGCACUGAGAAACCUCAUGUACCUUACCGCCUCCACCUUCUUGUUUGGUUGUCCAUCUCUGUCUCUCUAUCCAGCUUUUCUCUUCCUCCGUUGGGGUCCUGCAUGGUGUACCUGGCUCCACCCUGGUCUUUCCAUGUCUCCCUGGCCAAAAUCAACAAAGCUUUGCUGGGGCUAAGAUCACCUGGAAAUACAAGGACUCCCUGGUUCCAGACUAUCCAGAAUCCUCAAAGCAACUCAAGCUCUCCCCGGAUGGCUUCUUUCUGGAAAUCUCUCCUGUCAGUGUAGCCAACGAGGGGGAAUAUGAAUGUGUGAUCAAGCUGAAUAAUAUUGAGUGGCAAAAAGUGCACAUAGUCCAGGUUGAUGGUGAGGACAUACUGACACCUCCUAUUUUUGUCACAACUGCCUGUGACGUGAUGUAGGUCUUUCUUAAAAUAGACACUCCACUUCUGGUUUUUACACUCUACUUGUAACAUGAUUUUUUUUAGAAUCAUGUUACAAGUUAAAACUCAGUCACCGGUUCACUUUUCAUUAUUCGUACAGAGUGCCUACAUUGUAAUACUUAGUAAUUCAUCUUCGAGUCUAUGUCAAGGAGAGAAAUAGGACGACAACUUGAGUAGUAGGUUUAGAUCACAAUGAAUAAGGCAUUCAGUCGAUUUAUACAUACAGCUCCAGAACUUCACAGUAUUCAUAGAUUGUAAUUGUUAAAAACUGGUGAAAUAUGGGGCCAACUUUUUUUUGCAGUUUAGCAAACUCUGCAGGUCAGCAAACAUUGCAUGCAUUUUGAGGUUGGCUCCAGAAAUCAAUUCUACUGUUGUGCUGUCUUUGUCUUCCAUCUUGGUCUAUGUCCCUCCAGUGUCCAGCAGCUACAUUCUCAAGGUAAUCGAAAGGUCCACUGUGAAUUUACCUUGUGAACGCCCACCAUCCAGCAAAGACCAGUUCCAUUGGUACAGAUAUGAUAAAGGAAUGAUGAACAGCACACGGAAGCAGUUGAAUCCCGCAGAGACUGGAGAAAUGGUGGAUGGUGACAGACUAGAAUGGCUUUUUGGCCCCUUUGAAAUAGAUAUGUCAAUCACACUUAAUGGGGUCAAAAUGGAGGAUGCCGGCAUGUACUAUUGUGACACAGCUGAGGAGGGCAGAGACAGCAGCAACUUUAAUACAAUUGAGCUAAUUGUGGAAGGUACGUUUAGCUACUCUUCUUCUUCUUCUUCUUCUUCUUCUUCUUCUUCUUCUUCGUCUUCUUCUACUACAACUUUUGCCUAUAUAAACAUUUGUUAAAUUGGUGUAAUUCGCAAAUUUAACAUCAAUUGGUUCCAAAUAGCCAUAAUGCCCAAAUGUUACACUCUCACCUGCAAUGUUCAAGACACUGUUAUUCUCUUGAUUUGUUUAAAUUAUAAUCUUCAUUCACCAUUUCUUUUAGCUGCGCCCACCGUUCUUCCUCACUCCUGCGUUGGGUUCAUGACCCCGUGGGAAUCGUGUCAGGAUGAGACCAGCAGGUCGUGGGAGGCCAUGCUAGGAGAAUCCCUCAAUGAGUUCUCCAUGAAGCUUUAUGCCCACCUCAGCCAAUCGCAGCCCACGGAAAACCUGCUCUUCUCUCCAAUCAGCAUCAGCGGGGUGUUAACCCACCUAUUACUAGGUAAGAAAGAGAGGGUGGGGUUUCUUUAAAAGGGAACAUGGGGAGGGGUUGUCCAAGUGCACUCAUGCUCUAGACCUCCGUUUUUUUUACAAUAAAGCAACGUUCUUGAUAUAAACUCUUACUGAGUGAAUGCUUGACGCAUGGUGAGCCAAGUAAAAUACAUACUGUAUAUCCUUCCUCUCUCUCUCUCUCUCAUUAGGUGCUCGUGGCAAGACAAGGAGAGAUAUGGAGACGGCUCUCUGUCUGUCUCACGACUUCUUCUGCGUUCAUUCCGAGAUGAAGAAACUGAAGCUGAAACUUCAGGACACACUGAAGAUGGCCUCCCAGAUCUACUACAACCCCAGUACUACCAGAGCACAAUUAAUACUCAUGAUAAUUAUAACUUAUUCUCCAGCUAUUUCUCAUUCUCGUCGUAUAUUGUCAAUUUAAUCAGGAGUUUGCCAUCACCACUUAACUCUCUGCCUGUCUGUCUGUCUGUCCACCACUCUGUCUGUCUGUCUGUCUGUCUGUCUGUCUGUCUGUCUGUCUGUCCACCUCUCUGUCAUUCCCUCUCUCUCCCCCCUCAGACAUGAUGUUGAGUGAGUCCUUUACCAACCAAUCCAUGCAGUUCUACGAUUCAGAUCCAGUCAAAUUGACCAAUAGCAGUGAGGUAAACGUGGAAAUGAUCAACAGUUGGGUGGCAAAGCAGACAAAUAAUAAAAUCAAAGAGCUGGUCAACUAUGUUCCCGCCCACACCGAACUGGUACUCCUCAAUGCUGUGUAUUUCAAUGGUCAGUAUCCUGUGUGUGUGUGUGUGUGUGUGUUUGUGAUCAAAGUAAGCUCUUGGUAAGCACCGAUGCUCUAUCUAUCUGAUAGGAUAGUCUAUCUUAGCGGAUGUGGAGUUUGUGGAUUUAAAAAAAUAUCUGUUUCAGGUCAAUGGAAGGUGAAAUUUGAUGCAAACUCCAAAAAGUUUCCAUUUGUGAAACUGAAUGGCGAUACUGUGAAUGUACCUGUCCUUUACAGUGCCAAAUACAAAUUGGCUCUGCAAUAUGUCUCGUCAAUGAAGGCACAGGUAACCAUUUUGAUUACACACACCCACACCUACAUGCACAGAUACACUAUAAGCAUUCACACACACAAUGCACAUAACAUCCUGACCUUGUCUAUCACCCAUAGGUGGCGAUGUUCCCUCUCUCUGGUGAAAGUAGCCUGUUCAUCCUGCUCCCGCCCACUGCCAAGCUCUCUGACCUGCAAUUGGUGGAGGGGAAGAUGACUGACAAGGCAGUGAGACAGAUGGUAGAGCAGAUGCAUCAGGUGUCUCCCCAGGCCACCGAGGUCACUCUGCCCAAAAUCACACUGGACGUCCGGACCGAGAUGAACACCCUGCUCAGGAAGAUAGGUCUGUCUGUAUGCAUGUCUGUGUCUAUCUGUCUGUCUUUUAGCUUACCUGCUGCCUGACUGUUGGAAUUAUAAGACUGUGCAUUUUGUUGUAGCCACAUGAUUCAACUAAUCACCAAGCCCUUGAUUGGUUGAACCAGAUGUUUGUGCUUGGCUACAACAAAAAUGUGCACAUUCAGAAGCAGGAAUGGAUUUCCCCCUCGUUCUAAGUCAACCUAAACCAACAAAACAAAUUCCAAUCAGUUCUUGAUUUGCCUCUCCCACUCACUUCUCUUCCUCCCUUUCUUCUAUCUCCCUCUACCUUCUAUUUUUCCUUCUACCCCUCUUCGCUCUCCUUCUCCAUAUCCCCUUCCUCUUACUCCCCCACCUCUUUCUUCCCUUAGGUUUGUCGGAGCUGUUCGACAGUGCCAACCUGUGUGGCCUCUACCCCGACAAAGAGUUGCUCCUGACGGACGCCCGCCACCGGGCCUUCCUCUCCCUGACGGAGCAAGGUGUAGAGGCUGGGGCGGCCACUUCCCUCUCUUUCUCCCGCUCCUUCUCUUCCUUCUCAGCCCUCAGGCCCUUCCUGAUGAUACUGUGGAGCGACCAGGCCAAGGCCCCACUGUUCGUGGGCCGAGUGACCAAGCCGUGAGAGGAGGAAGAGAGAGAGGGAGAGAGAGUAGUAUGCAUAUAGAAAAAGCCAUGUUUGCAAAGGAAAGGAUAUUUGCAAUAGUAUUAGCAGCAUUACUUCAUUGAGAGAUUGUGCUUUUUGACGAUACUGUUGUACGCUUAAUAAUAUAAUAUAAAUCGAUAUAGACUCAUUAUAAUGACAUGUUCAUUGUAAGUUCAUAGAAUGACUAUGAAAGUGUGUUUUAAAAUAAAUGCUUGAGAGGGCUUGCUAUAGGUUGUCACAAAAUGCAUGACUUUUAACAAAGAAUAAAAGGUGACCUCUCCACA